UUUUGUAUCCCCCCCUCCGACGGUGAGAAGUGGUUUGUCCCGCGUCGCUCUGGAAGCAGGAGGGUCAACAUGGCGUCCGAACAGGAGAGCUCCAACGGUCCCGUGAAGAAGUCGAUGCGUGAGAAGGCCGUGGAGCGCCGCGGCGUCAACAAGGAACACAACAGUAACUUCAAGGCGGGCUACGUGCCCAUCGAAGAGGAACGCCUCCACAAGACGGGCCUGAGGGGGCGCAAAGGAAACAUGGCCGUCUGCAUCGUGGUGCUGCUCUUCCUCCUCGCCCUCAUCAACCUCAUCAUCACCCUGGUGAUCUGGACCGUGCUCCGCAUCGGGCCGAACGGCUGCGAGAGCAUCGAGUUCCACGAGUCGGGCUUGCUGCGCUUCAAGCAGAAGGCGGACAUGGGCAUCGUGCACCCGCUGCACAAGAGCACCGUGGGGGGCCGCAAGGACCAGGACCUGGUGCUGGUGGGCAACAACAACCCCGUGGUGUUCCAGCAGGGCACCACCAAGCUGAGCGUGGACAAGGACAAGACCUCCGUGGUCAGCGACCUCGGCAUCUCCUUCACGGACCCGCGCACGCAGAACACGUUCUUCAGCACCGACUUCGAGAACCACGAGUUCCACCUGCCCAAGGGGGUCAAAGUGCUGAGCGUGAAGAAGGCGUCCACGGAGAGGAUCACCAGCAGCGCGGCGUCUGACCUGCACAUCAGAGGAGAUGGCAAGGCCAUCAUCCGCGGGAACGAGGGCGUCAACAUCAUGGGCCGGACGGUGGAGUUCAAGAUGGGGGGCGGCAUCGAGCUGCGGGCCGAGAACAGCAUCGUGCUGAACGGUUCCGUGAUGUUCAACGCCUCCCGCAUCCCCCACUCGGCCGGCGACGUGUACUUCGACGAGGGCAUGGAGCGCUACAAGCUGUGCAUGUGCGGUGACGGGACGCUGUUCCGCGUGCAGGUCAAGUACCCCAACAUGGGCUGCCAGACCUCGGAGAACCCCUGUGGGAAGGCCCUCUAGAGGGGGGGCCUGUGAGCAGGCCCUCUAGAGGGGGAGGCCCUGGGGGAAGGCCCCUGGAGAGAGAGGCCCCUUUGGGGUCGUGUCGGACAUUUAAUCUGCAGAGUUCAGCCUCAUUUGGUGUUCUCAAAACAAAGAGAAACUUUUUUUAAAUAAAGAGAAAUUUUCAAAAUAAAAUUAAAACUCUCAUUAUUUUAAAUUGUUCUUAUUAAUUUUGAAACUUUCUCAUCUUGAGAAAGUUUUUCAUCAUUUUGAGAAAGUUUCUCUUUAUUUUUAAAGUUUUUCUUUAUAUUGAGAAUUUGUCUUUAUUUUGAGAAUGUUUCUUUAUUUUGAAAAUGUAUCUUUAUUUUGAAAGUUUCUCAUUAUUUUGAAAGACAUUCUCUUUAUUUUGAAAAACUAUCUUUAUUUUGAAAAUCUUACAUUUUAUUUUGAGAAAGUUUCUCUUUAUUUAGAAAGUUUCUCUUCAUUUUGAAAUGUUUUCUUCAUUUAAAGAAGGUUUCUCAUUAUUUUGAGUUUCUUCGUGUAACAGAUGGUCGCCGCGUGGUGUUUUUAUAUUUUGUGGGUCGUCGUGUGGAGACGUGUGAUGACGAUCAUAACCUGCUUACUGUUCAUUGUUGCUGGCAGCUUUGUUUACAUUACAAUGUUUAUUUUAUAUGACAUUUAACAACAUGCUGUAACCGUCCAGUAAUGUUGAGUUUCCUGCCAAUGGAGGAUAAAGAAUAUAAUAUAUCUGUAAUAUUCAUCUUCAGAUCAACAGGAGUUACGCUGCAGAUUAAUUAUCUUUAAAUGUUGAUGAAUGUCAGGAAAGUUUAAAUCAGUCGGUUUGAAGCUUUUAUUGAGUUGUUUGAAUUUUGUGCAAUAUAGUAAAAUAAAAAAUAAAAGGAUUAUAAUUUAA